CAACUUUGGUGCAUGACACCGACCUGUGAAGAAAUCAAAGGGUGCAACUUCGGCAGCGGUUUCCCUUCCAAUGCCAGUCACAACGGUACCUGAAACAGAGGCACACAAUUUCAUUGAGAUGCAUGAUCCAUUAGCCAACAUUGUUCUCAGCAGUCCUCACAUCCCUCCCAUUGGGAUGUCUAGGCCAGCUCCAAGUCCUAGCCACGUCGAGCACCAACUCCCUCCCCAUCCAGAUCCCCCAGAAAGCCAUCCUGAAACAACCACCCCAGGUGUCCCCGGCGAUAUGGGACCACCAGCAAACUUUGACCAAUCUACCACGCACAGCGGGACUCAAAAAAUAGUCAAAGUGAACCAAGAAAUGGCCGGAACAGCUACAAUUGCAGAAGGAGACAGGCUGAGAGCUGCUGCCCCCAUGUCAUCCACCUUGUCUGACCAAGGCAUAGAAGAGACAAGGGGCCCAUCAAGUCACACCAGCGAGGCCUGCAGGAAUGCAGGGAAGAAGGCACUGGCUGACAGGAAACCUGGCAAGAUGCGCCCUGGAAACACAUUAACUGCCAGGUAUGUUUUUUUUUGAUCUAAUCUAAGGCUAGUUACAUUCAGAUACUAGGAAUCUCUGUGCUAUUGAGUGGGUUAAGGCAAAUCCUUGAGGAACAACAAAUGACUUCGGCUCAUACUACAAAAAUCUCGACCAGGAAACGAAAAAAACCUGGCUAAUCAGGCUAGUAUGGCACAAAAAGAAGCGGCCUUGGGAAGCAUCAAAGGAGGGCAGGUGGGUCUAUAAGCUGGGGCUCAAAUUGUCGUUUCAUUUUUGUUAAAUUUCCCUCGAUCGUACUAUUUGUUGCAGACAAUAUUUGUAAUAUAUGACACUCGAUG